AUGGUCUGGAAGUCAAUNUUCCCCCUCGUCGCUGCAACACUAGGUCUAUCCAGCGUAGCCUAUAGUCUACCAAGUAACCAGCCAAAGCAUGGCCACUACCCUGGUUGGGCAGGAAUCAAGCACAUUUUUGCCUUGCUUCAACACCUCUCUCACCCAGCCAGGGCCUGGCAAUCCCUUCGGCAAUCCGACAUACCCNNAGGAUACACAUCUUCCAACGGGCCCAACUGGAUCGACUACCUAACAACAACAUACAACAAAUCUUUCAUCGAGACUGUCAAUCUGGCCUUUGGCGGUGCAACCGUGGACUCCGCCCUCGUGGCACCUUAUCUCCCUACAGUACUGUCUGUAAAGGAACAAGUCCAAGACGAGUACUUACCCAUCUAUGCCUCUCACUUCUCUCCCGUCCCAUGGACCUCCGACGACACUCUCUUCACAAUCUUCAUCGGCAUAAACGACAUCGGCAACAGCUACGCCUCGCAGAACGCGACUCUGCUACCUACAAUCUUUGCCGAGCUCUCCGGCCUCGUGGAAUCCCUUUACACUAGCGGCGCCCGCAACUUUCUCUUCCUAAACGUGCCUCCAGUGGAUAAAUCGCCAUUGACCCAAUCUGCAGGCCCUUCGGCCCAAUCCCUCGAAGCAGGAGCUAUCGCAGAUUGGAAUACUCGUCUAUCCUCCCUCUCCAAGUCUUUGACUAGAAAACACACAGACGCCACAUCCUUCGUUUUCGACACGCACAAAGUGUUUUCUCGCGUUAUCGAGCAUCCCUGCGCUUAUCCACAAACCUGUGCAUACCAGAAUACCACGACGUUUUGCGAGGCGUACAUGAACGGAACACCCUCGCCUACUUCUUUUGAUCCUGCGUGUGGAGUUUCGGUGGACAAGUAUCUGUGGUUGAAUAGUUUGCAUCCGACGUUUAGAAUGCAUGAGGCCAUUGCCGCGCAGAUGGUCAAGUUGAUCAAGUAG